GUAUGUGUGUGACUGUUGGAUGCCUUGCUGCGCUGGCGACUGCUCCGGCCCCAUCUUUCAUCCUCAUCACUCUCUCUUGCUCACUCAAUACUUUUCACCAACGCCAGCGGCCUGCAACUAACCCAUCGAUCAUCCUGUGUCAAUUCGAAUGCUUGCGGCGCAGUCACUCAUUUCAGAGGGUCACACUUGAGGACCGUCGCUUUUCCAUUUCGGCACUUGUCGAGCGAGAUUGACACACGCACGUGGUCAUCCAUAUAUCAAAAGCCGCCGCUGCUUGCGCCCGAACAUCAAACCACAUGUAGACUCGGUGCAAGCCACGACAUCCAUGUCACGACUUGAUCAGCACUCCGAUUGAUACAUCGAUUUCCAUGCGUCAAACCGACUCAACCAUCCACCACGAUGGUAGUGCCACCGAGUGCUGGCGCAUCAGCCAGCAUGUCCGCUAAUCGACCUUCACCUUCAGCCAUGUCAACGAAUAUGGGCACCCCUCUCGGGAACAACAAAGGCAAAUCGGCCAACAACGCGGCGGCGACAGGCACAUCGGCUGGACCACCCUCUGGCAACAAUCAUGCCGUUCCACUUAGUGCACGACGGGCGGAGCCACUGGAUCUGUCGACGGUGGAACGUCGAGGUCAUCCCACUGAGAAGCCAGAAAGAGUAAAAGCAGGCAGAAUGUUUGGAAUCCGAGAAGCGCCAGUGUAUCGACCUACGGAGGAAGAAUUUCGCGAUCCGAUGGAAUAUAUGCGAAAGAUUGCACCAGAGGGAAGUAGAUAUGGCAUUGUCAAGAUCAUUCCGCCCAGUAGCUGGAACCCUCCAUUCGCGAUCAAUACAGAGCGGUUUCAUUUCCGGACUCGCCGUCAAGAGCUGAAUUCGGUCGAAGGCGGCAACAGAGUCAACAACGAUUAUCUCGAUCAACUAGCCAAAUUCCACAAACAGAAUGGACACAAUCUAAACCGCUUUCCGAGUGUGGACAAACGACCACUGGACUUGUAUCGCCUCAAGAAAACGGUGGAGCGCAAAGGUGGUUUCGAUUCCGUGUGCAAGACAAAGAGAUGGGCGGAAGUUGGCAGAGACCUGGGCUACAGCGGAAAGAUCAUGUCGUCGCUUUCGACUUCCUUGAAGAACUCGUAUCAAAAAUGGCUUCUACCAUACGAAGACUAUCUUCGUGUUGCAAAGCCAGGUGUCCAACAGCAGAUCGAGAUGAUGAACGGCGGUCCAUAUACCCCAUCGCCAAAUCCGUCACCUGCUAAGAAAUCGCAUCUCGGAGCGCAUCAAGUUGGCUCGGAGAAUGCCCAACAGUCUUCCCUCAUGCAAGCGUCUACCGCACUACAUGCAACCUUGAACGGACAUGGACCCACAACGCACGAGUCUAAUGGCCACCACAUCUCCCAUCCGCCGCCGCCGCACAGUGGUGGUUUCACGGCUGUCAAUGCUGGCGGCUUUACCGCCGUCAACAUGCCCACUCAGACUUCCUCUUUCACUUCUGUGAAUGGCACAAAUGUUUUCUCGGACUCAAGUCACAAUACUCCCCAACGCCAUCGCAAUAGUCCUCAUCACGGUGAAGCCGACUUACAGAACACCUCGUCCCAGCCUAACGGAGCCUCCAUGAAACGACAGCACAGCGACAUUGCCACGGAUGACCCCGACUAUAUAAGCAGGAGAAGUAAACGCUUACGCAAAGACGUGCCUACGGUCGCUGGCAGUAAUAUGCACCUCUCGCGCAUGGCUAAUGCUCGGACGCAGCUCUUAAGAGAACGUGGCGAGUAUGUUGCCGGUGAGAUAUGCGAGUCGUGCGCGAGGUCCGAGGAAUCGAUCAAAUUCAUCAAGUGCGAGAGCUGUGACUGCGCAUACCACAUGUACUGUCUGGAGCCUCCAAUGAAGCAGCCACCAGAUCACGAAUGGCAUUGUCCAAGAUGCUUAGUGGGAACUAACGAGUACGGUUUUGAGGAAGGCGAUGUGUACUCUUUAGCUGGGUUUCAAAAGCGCGCCAGUGAAUUCAAAUAUCAUCACUUCAGCAACAUCCCUCGGCAAUUCAGCCCAUUCAGCGAGACCAAGAAUACGCUUGAAGAGGAAGAUGUCGAACGCGAAUUCUGGCGCCUUGUUGAGGAUUUGACUGACACAACGGAAGUCGAAUACGGCGCAGAUAUCCAUUCGACGACUCACGGUAGCGGAUUCCCAACGAUUGAGCGUCAUCCUCGAGAUCCUUAUUCGACAGAUCCAUGGAAUUUGAACAUCCUACCACUCGAUAAAGAAUCUCUAUUUCGUCACAUCAAGUCGGACGUGUCCGGCAUGACUGUGCCAUGGUUAUAUGUGGGCAUGGUAUUCUCGACAUUUUGCUGGCACAACGAAGAUCACUUCACGUACUCGGCAAACUAUCAGCAUUUUGGCGAGACGAAGACCUGGUAUGGAAUUCCGGCCGAGGAUUCAUACAAGUUUGAACAAGCCAUGCGGGAAGAAGUGCCGGAGCUUUUCGAAACUCAGCCUGAUUUGUUAUUUCAACUCGUGACUCUUGCAAAGCCCGAAAAAUUGCGCAAAGCUGGGGUCAAUGUUUACGCGAUCGAUCAACGCGCUGGGCAAUUUGUUAUCACUUACCCACGAGCGUAUCAUGCCGGCUUCAAUCAUGGUUUCAAUUUCAACGAAGCCGUAAAUUUUGCGCCGAACGACUGGGAGCCAUUUGGUGAGGAAGGCGUCAAGAGACUACGUGAAUAUCGCAAACAGCCAUGUUUCUCUCAUGACGAACUUUUGCUCACCGCAGCUUCCCGCGACCACACCAUACGCACAGCCAAGUGGCUCGGACCGGCAUUGGAACGCAUGCUGGAUGACGAGCUUGCUGCACGUGAGCAUUUUCUCGUGGGACCUACUGCAGAAUCGGGCCUUGCACCAGAGGAGCCGUACACCGGACCCCGGUUUAGCAAGAAACCUGAAGCAAUCGAUGCUAGCAAGGAAGAAGAAGAGGUCAUCUGCACGUUCUGCAAAGCAUACUGCUUCUUAUCACGAUAUGUUUGUAAGAAGACCGGCAAAGUCAUGUGCCUGCUACACGCUGGCCAUUACGAAUGCUGUGAUGCCCCCGAGUCUGCUCGCCACUCUGGGCAGGGAGGCGAGCAUGGCUUGUAUCUCCGCAUGCCUGACGAGGUGCUCCACACAACAGUUCGCAAAGUCAUGGACAAGGCCAACAUCCCCGAAUCAUGGGCUGCCAAGGUGGAUCAAGAGCUGAACAAUAAUUCCACGCCGUCGCUCAAACACAUGCGGACUCUUCUGUCCGAGGGCGAGAAAAUCCAAUACCCGCUCCCACAGCUCGCAGGCCUACAACAAUUUGUGGAGCGGUGCAAUGCGUGGGUAGAGGAAGCUACUGUGUACAUUACACGCAAGCAGAACGGGCGGCGCAAAAGCGAAAAGUCGCUGAGAAAGAGCUCUGCUAAGGCGGAAGCGGAAGAGCGCGAGAAAGAAUUGCGAAAGGUUUCCAAUAUCUAUGAUCUCCUUGCCAGGGCCGACCAGCUGGGCUUCGACUGCGCUGAGAUCAACACUCUUAGAGAACGCGCCAGCAGUAUCGAGGAGUUCCAGCUCGACGCUAACACAGCCCUGAACAACAUUCGACAUACGACGACGGGGCAAUUUGAAGAACUAGCUGAGCGAGGCCGCGAUUUCCAUGUUGAUAUGCCAGAGCUGGACAAUCUUGAUCGCGUUCUCAGGCGAUUGAGGUGGAAUGACACGGCACGUCAGAAGCGUCCACAAUACGACACUCAGCGCCAGGAUCAGAGCCUCGAGGAGAUCGAAAAAUUCAUCGCUGCUGGGAGAGAAAUGGGUGUACCGGAUACGAACCCCGACAUGGCAUUCUUCAUCGAGCACAAGGCACAAGGUGAAAUUUGGGAGACCAAAGCGAAAGAGCUCAUGGCUGUGGAGCAAGUUCACUACCAGCAAUUAGAUGCUCUGUCGAGACAAGCUGCGACUUUGCCUGUUACCCCAGCCACCCUCGCAGCGGUGGAAGCAAUACUCAAGAAACAGCGGGAAGUGCAGGACAAGAUUCUCUCGCUGGUGGAGAGAACAAAAGAUCCCGAGUUCCGCAACCGUCCGACAUAUCGCGAGAUGAAAGAAGUCAUGGAUACCUUGGAAGAGCUGCAGAGCAAGCCCGCCGGUACCAUCGAUCUCGAGAAAGAAUCAAAGCGACACGAAGACUGGAUGCGACGAGGCAAGAAGCUGUUCGGAAAGGCAAAUGCGCCGCUCCACAUUCUCCAUCAGCACAUGCAGCUAGUCGAUAAACGCAACGAAUCCUGCUUUGAUCUGACCGAUAAGCCCCGCGGCCCAAUAGAGCCAUCAUCGCGAGCUGCCACGCCGGAAGAGGGUGCUCAAGUCGCGGACGACAGCGGCUCUAGCAGAGAUGUUUUCUGCAUCUGUCGGAAGCCCGAAGCUGGCAUGAUGAUCGAGUGUGAACUUUGCCACGAGUGGUACCACGGCAAAUGCUUGAAAAUUGCCCGUGGCAAAGUCAAGGAAGACGAUAAAUAUACUUGCCCGGUUUGCGAUUGGCGAGUCAAGAUCCCACGCGAUGCCGCUCGGCCGAAACUCGAGGACUUGCAGAUCUGGCUUGAUGAGCUCGAAACGCUGCCAUUCCAGCCUGAGGAGGAGCAAACAUUGACAAGCAUCUGCGACCAAGGUCAAGCGUUCCGUGACUUCAUAAAGCCGUAUGUCGAGCCAUCUGUGCCAACUACUCCUGAUGAUGUCACUUUGCUGCGAUUUUAUCUGCGAAAGAUCGAAGGCGCAGACAUUCUUCUAUCGCCGGAGACCAACUUCCUACGCCAGGAGCUGCACAGGCUUGCCCCAGUUGCCCCGGUUGCCCCACCAGUCAUUCAGAUGUCAAUGUCAACACGGAAGCCUCGCCCGACCAAACAGCAAAAACUCAUGGCUCAGUUGGGUAUUACCGACCCUGAAGAGCUACCUGCUCAAUUUCGUGCGAAGCCUCACAUCGCAAAACGUAAAAUGUCGGAAAUCGGCAAGGCUCAGCCUGUAUUGCAACCUGCCGCGGCCGGCUCACCUGCUUCCGUGAAAGACCUAGGGCAGUCAUCUCCUCGCUCAUCUCAUGCCCAGGGCACGCCUGUGGUUCAGCCGACCCCACCCCCAAAUGCGAAGAAACAUCUUACCGCAUUAGCUUUACAAGUGUUAGGGCCGUUGGCCAAGCCAGAAGUUGUCGAUCAAUUCCUUGCAGGCGAACCGCAUGCCAAUCGCGACCGGCUGAUGAAGGUCAAAGCUGUGCUUGAAUCUGGAGAUCCGGCGGUGCUGAAAGACUUCUCGCUUUUCAAACGUCGCGUCAAUGAGGUCCAAACACCAUCUCAAAUCCUCGUUUACGAUGGUGUCAGUGCCGGCCAUCGCUCCUCAAAAGCCAGGGCGGAACCUUCAAACAGCACUGGCAGAAACCCACGACAAGCCACCCGGAACGAGUCUCCGGGGCCUUAUGGUAGUGCGCACUUUCAAUCCCGCCGUGGCGCCUCUCCUCCGAUCUACGAUCCCCGCCCUCUUUCCAUGUCCGCAAGUCCCUCUUCACACGCAGUGCAUCUCAAAUCCUCCACCACCAGCCCAGAGAUUCUAGGUCUAUCUGGUGUCCAUGCCAGCAGCAGCCAUGGUAUUUCUAGCGGAAUGCCUGCCGGAAUCUUCGACUCGCCCAAGAACUCCGCCGGCACUGGCGCUGGUUUGCACAGCCCUGGAUUUGGCGGCUCGCAGCAGAGCGCUGGCGGUAAUCUCGAAUUGGCCUUCGACGAUCUCGUACAGGACGACAUCCACGAUCUCUCGUCUGGCGUAGGAGGCCAUGAAGCUAAACAUCGCGCUCCAUCCGCAAUUGAUCCUCAUCUCGGCAAUGCAGCAGGCGCUGACGAUGGUGCCUCCGAGGGUCAACAACCUAGCGAUGAUGUUCCUCGAGAGAGUGCGGCGCAAAAUAUCGAUCCGGCGCUGGCUUAGCAUGCCGAUUCUUUGAUCGAUCCCGAUUGCGAUCACUAUCCUUACUUAUAUUUGAUUUGACCCCCCUCGACAUCUCCGGGCUUGUGGCCAAACUCUCUCUUCUUACCCUAACAAUGGAGGCCUUAUUGACUUUCGGUGUGGGGUCGAUCAACGACUCACAACCAUGGACCAUGGAGGAGUCAACUGUGUUUUCCAUUUCAGCUAUUGAAUUCUUUCUUGCAGGAACCAAGGCGUGGUUCUACAAAAUUGGCCUACGGGCCAUUGAAAAAGCCGGUUUAUGAUCGGAUCGGCGUUUGUAUGUGUUUUUAUUUGAUUCCCCUAGGGAUAUUCUUUGCUUCGCUGAAAGAUACGUUGUAUUUCAAAAACUCAUCAUAUUUGGAACAUGGC